AUGACGAAGCAAUGGGAAGACCACAGACAUAUCAUCAUCCGGGAGUAUAAGGACAACAACAGACCUCUUCACGAGGUCAAGAAGUUCAUGAAGGAGCAGUACCAGUUUGAAGCUUCAAUCCGAGCAUACCGUUCACGCUUCGAUAAAUGGAGAGUCCGCAAGUAUACUGUCCGCAAGCGAAGAAGAGAUUCUUUGGGCGGAAAAUCCGACAAGUCCAUGUCGUCCGAAUCAUCCUCGGAUGGUACCGGUUGUUCGCCGCCACCACGGAGUCCUAUCCAUCACAUCCAGAGAAGGGUGAUCAGCAGCAGCAGCCCGCAAGCACACGAACAAUCGUCGAUCCAUUACCUCGGGUCAGGCAUGUACGGAUCGACCACGACAUUGACGGAAGAUUUCCUGACGAGGUGA